UCUUGGAAACUUUGAUCCGAGUGCGCGCGCCUCAAAGCGGACCCAUGAGUUUGGACCAAGUUGGUACUUUCGCAUAGAACUGGUAUUUCCCACAAUGAUGUUCUCCCUCCUGUGGCGCUGUGCCUCUGUCCUACUGGGCCUGUCAUGCUGCCUUAUGGGAGUGACGUCAUCACUGAACCUGGAGGACCCUAACGUCUGCAGCCACUGGGAGAGUUACUCGGUCACUGUGCAGGAGUCGUACGCACACCCGUAUGAUCAGGUGUAUUAUACCAGCUGCACUGACAUCCUCACAUGGUUCAAGUGCACACGCCACAGGGUGAGCUACAAGACGGCAUACCGGAGAGGAAACAAGACCAUGUACCGCCGCAAGUCUCAGUGCUGCCCAGGUUUCUAUGAGAGCAAGGAGAUGUGUGUUCCACACUGUGCUGAGAAAUGUGUGCACGGCCGCUGCGUGGCCCCCAACACCUGUCAGUGUGAACCCGGCUGGGGAGGAGCCGAUUGCUCCAGCGCAUGUGACAGUAGUCACUGGGGUCCUCACUGCAGUAACCGGUGUCAGUGUAAAAACGGAGCGCUGUGUAACCCCAUCACGGGUGCAUGUAUCUGCACAACUGGUUACCGCGGCUGGCGGUGUGAGGAGCGCUGCGAGCCAGGUACCUACGGUAACAACUGCCAGCAGAAAUGCCAAUGCCAAAACAAUGCCACCUGCCACCAUGUCACAGGGGAGUGCACGUGCAGCCCCGGCUAUACUGGAGCAUUUUGUGAGGAUCUGUGUCCUCCAGGCAAACACGGGCAGCAGUGUGAGGAGCGAUGUCCCUGCCAGAACGGUGGAGUGUGUCACCACGUGACUGGAGAAUGUUCCUGUCCUGCUGGCUGGAUGGGAACUGUGUGUGGACAGCCCUGUCCCGGGGGUCGCUUUGGUAGGAACUGCUCUCAGGAUUGUCAGUGUCACAAUGGAGGAACCUGCUCUUCCUCUACAGGAGAGUGUUUUUGCAGUCCAGGCUACACUGGGGAGAGGUGCCAGGAUGAAUGUCCGAUUGGCAAGUAUGGCGUGAACUGCCGCCAGACCUGUCGCUGUGAAAAUGGAGCCACAUGUUACCACAUUAGCGGUGCUUGUCUGUGCGAGCCAGGUUACAUGGGCGAGAUGUGUGAAACCCGCAUCUGCCCAAAGGGCAUCUACGGCCUCAAGUGUGACAAAACGUGCCCAUGCCAUGCUCCAAACACCCAAAGCUGCCACCCUGUAUCAGGUGAGUGCUUGUGCCAGCCUGGUUGGUCAGGUAUCUACUGUAAUGAGACGUGUGCACCAGGCUUCUAUGGCGAGGAGUGUCAGCAGGUGUGUCAGUGUCAGAACGGUGCAGACUGCCACAGCGUGACAGGAGAGUGUGUCUGCGCUCCAGGCUUUCAGGGUGCAGAUUGCUCUAUACGCUGUCCAGCAGGGAUGUAUGGAGUAAACUGCUCCUCUGCUUGCACCUGUAAGAAUGGAGCCACGUGCUCAUCUGUGGAUGGAUCCUGCACAUGCAGAGCAGGCUGGCAUGGAGUGCACUGCUCUAUAAACUGCCCCAGUGGUACAUGGGGACUCGGCUGUAACCUCACCUGCAUGUGUGGGAACGGUGGAGCUUGUAAUGCUCUAGAUGGCCAGUGUACCUGCGCUCCAGGCUGGAGAGGUGAACGAUGUGACGUACACUGCCAGGACGGGACAUAUGGUAUGGAUUGUCGAGAGCGCUGUGACUGCAGUCAUGCUGAUGGCUGUCACCCUACAACCGGACACUGCCGCUGUCUCGCAGGCUGGACAGGGAUCCACUGUGACAGUGUGUGUGCUGAGGGUCGCUGGGGACCAAACUGCUCUCUGUCCUGUAACUGUAAGAAUGGAGCAUCGUGCUCACCUGAUGAAGGCACAUGCGAAUGUGCUCCUGGCUUUAGAGGCACCACCUGCCAACGUAUCUGUUCUCCAGGUUACUUUGGGCACCGCUGCAGUCAGACAUGUCCUCAGUGUGUGCACAGCAAUGGCCCGUGUCAUCAUGUGACAGGCCAGUGUGACUGUCUCCCUGGAUUUAAAGGAGCUCUUUGCAAUGAAGUGUGUCCCAGUGGCAAGUUUGGGAAGAAUUGUGCCUGGACAUGUACCUGCACCAACAACGGGACGUGCAACCCCAUCGAUGGCUCAUGCCAGUGUUACCCAGGCUGGAUCGGCAGUGACUGCUCACAACCUUGUCCUCCUGGAUACUGGGGCCCAAACUGCAUCCACACAUGUAACUGUCAUAAUGGAGCAUACUGCAGCGCAUACGAUGGAGAAUGCAAGUGUACACCAGGAUGGACCGGCCUUUACUGCACACAACGCUGUCCGUUAGGUUUCUAUGGUAAAGACUGUUCCCAGAGCUGUCAGUGUCAGAAUGGUGCAGACUGUGACCACAUCUCUGGGCAGUGUACCUGCCGCAGAGGCUUCAUGGGACGACACUGUGAACAAAGAUGUCCUCCUGGUACGUACGGUUUUGGCUGCCGACAGGUGUGCGAAUGCCUAAAUAAUUCCACCUGUGAUCACAUGACUGGGACGUGUUAUUGCAACCCAGGCUGGAAGGGAUCACGGUGUGACCAAGUUGGUGUCAUCAUUGUAGGCAACCCUAACAGUCUGACCAGUGCCGCGGUUCCAGUUGAUUCGUAUCAGAUUGGUGCCAUUGCUGGAAUUAUUGUCCUGGUGCUGAUGGUGCUCUUCCUCCUGCUCCUCUUUAUCAUUUACCGAAAAAAGCAGAAGGGAAAAGAGCCUGCAAUGCCUUCCGUCACUUACACCCCUGCCAUGCGGGUUAACACAGACUACACCAUUGCAGAUGCAGUACCGCAGACAAAUGAGGUUCCUCCCAACAGUAACUACUUCUCCAACCCCAGCUAUCACACGCUGGCCCAAUGCACCAGCCCACCUCAUGUCAACAACCUGCCUUAUGGAAAAGCGAAGAACAACCAAUUGUUUGUGAACCUGAAGAAUGUGGAGCAGAGAAAGAGGCCUUCUCUGAUGGAGCACACUGGAACAUUGCCUGCUGACUGGAAACAGGGCAGCUGCUUCAAUGAGCUUGGAGCAUAUGGAGUUGACAGACAUUACCUUGGAAAAUCUCUUCGAGAUCUGGUGAAAGGUGUGCCCUACCAUGCCAGCUCCUGCUCUCUAAACUCAGAAAACCCCUAUGCAACAAUUAAAGACCCUCCUCUACUGGUGCCCAAGAACACAGAGUGCGGCUACGUGGAGAUGAAGUCACCUACGCAGAGAGACUCUCCUUAUGCAGAGAUACACAACUCCAGUCCUGCAAACAAAAACGUAUAUGAAGUUGAGCCAACAGUUAGUUCAGUCUACACAUCUGCCAACAACAACUGCAACGGACCAUUUGGCCAGGACCCGUACGACCUACCAAAGAACAGCCACAUCCCCUGUCAUUAUGACCUGCUGCCCACGCGAGACAGCACGCCGUCCCCCCUCAAAGAGCUGGAAAAUGAAUGAGCUCUUAGAGACCUGACCAAAACACACCAUUCCCACUGCGACAAACACACCUUCUGUGGUUCCUUCAGCCUCAUUAGUGGCUUAUUAUACACUUUCUGCAUAUCUCCACAUCAGUAUAUUACUUGUUUUUAUUGUUGUCUUUUUUUUUACAGCCCUUUAGUUUUUUUUUAGUUUUUUUUACUGUUGGGAUAAUCAUUCUUAAUCUUGUUCUUUUCUUACAAUAAGAAGCAUAUUUAGAUUUUUAUUUCCUGAACAUUUCUCUCAGUUGAACACAUAAGAAAACCCAUAUUGAAAAUAAAAUGGAGGGAUUUACAUGAAAGAGGUGAUGUGACAUAGCAGAUUUCCACAGUAACUUUUCUCAAACGUAUCAUUCCACUGAUGAAAACAUAUCACUUGGAAAUACAGAGUGAACCUCAAAUUUAUUUUUGUAAAAUAAAUAUAACUGUUCUGAGACUUAUUCAGUAUUUGAUGUUGGAAAGGAGGCUGGAUUGUGUUUGUUGCUUUCUGUUUUUUUUUGUUUGUUUGUUUUUUUUGCUUUUUUUUUUUGUUUUUUUUGCUUUUUUUUUUUUUGUUUUUAGAGGAGUUUAUAUUACCACCAUCUGUGUUGAGAAUUUGUAUUGUCUGUGCAACAUUGCAUUAUCACUGCUGUUUUAGAAAUUAGAGAUGCACCAAUCUGAUACUGAAUAUAUAUUAUCAGGGCUGACUUUGGUCUAAACUGCUGGAUUGGUAUUGGAUUUGACAGCCAAUCAUGUGGCGUCAGUGCAAUGCAUAAAAUCAUGAAGAUAUAGGUCAAGAGCUUCAGUUAAUGUUCACAUCAAACAUCAGAAUGGUAAAAAAGUGAUCUCAGUAACUUUGACCGUGGCAUGGUUGUUUGUGCCAGACAGGCUGGUUUGAGUAUUUCAGAAAUUAGAAAAAGACGAGGGGAUGUUUUUCAAAUUUUCAACCCUCCAGUUUUGGUGAGCCUGUACACACCGUAACCUCAUAUUCCUAUUCUUGGCUGACAUGACUGGAACCUGAUGUGGUUUUCUGCUUACCACAGUUGUAAAGAGUGAUUAUUUAAGUUACUGUAGCCUUCCUGUCAGCUCGAACCAGACGACCAAGUCUCCUCUUACCUCUCUCAUCAGCAAGGUGCUUCCUUCUGCAGAACUGCCACUCACUUGAUGUUUUUUUUGUUUUUUGCACCAUUUCUGAAAUACUCAAACUAACCCAUCUGGCACCAACAAGCAGGCUACGGUCAAAGUCACUGAGAAUAUUUUUCCCCAUUCUGCUGUUUGAUGUGAACAAUAAGUAAAGCUCCUGGCCUACAUCUGCAUGAAUUUAUGCAUUGCUCUACUGCAAAAUAAUUAGCUAUAAUUAGAUCGUUGCAUGGAUGAGCAAGGGUACACAUGUUCCUAGGAAAGUGGCCAGUGAGUAUAUUUUCUGAUCCGCUGACAUUUUAUGCCAUGAUUGCCAUUUUUGCAUCGACAUGUUGGCUGAACACACAGAUCGUGGCUCGGCUCGGCAUCAGUAUCACAUCAGUACCAGGUAUCGUCAUAUUGUCAGACUCUGAUAUUGGCAUCAUACUGAAAAUGCAAAACGUGGCAUUCAGUGCA